AAUUUUCAUAUUACCAUUUUCGUUCUAGUUGGGUGUGGAAAGCGUAUGUUGAUUAUAUCGAGGACUAUGUUACAAAGACAUACAUUUCAACAAUCAAAACCAAGGAAAAUCGCCAUAUUAUCAAUCAUAACUACCCUAAAUAAUUACGUCCAAUACUUGUGAUAAAAAAGAAAAAACCAUACGUUGGAUAUCGUAUCCGAUUCACAGCAACGAUGAUAAUAACGUUAUUGUUGUUUCAAGAGAACGACGUUGUAUUGUAUUCAAAAAUAGUUUUGUCAAAAAUUAUACCGUAGUGUUGUGUACUUGGCCAGUUUCCAAAAACACAGGAAGGUUGGAUCUAAAUUAGCUCAAAAUCUGCGCGAUGAAUCAUUUUUUUUUUUUUUAUUCCUUCAACUUGACUUUUAUUAGUUCAAGUUUUGUUAUCGCAGGUGUCCCAAUGAAUAAACUGCACAUCAAUAACUUACAAAUGUGUCGCCCCAUAAAACUUAUCACCAAAGUGCUGAAACUUUUUCUCUAUUCAAGACACGCGGUUGUCGUACGCUAUGCUUAUUUUUCUGUGAACGAAUAACGAAUAAACGUAUUAAAUAACAACUCUACGAACGCUCGUAGUCUCUUAAAUUAUUCAAGGAUUUCAAGUGGUUUUUAGAGACCUUCGAACAGAAACCACACAAAAAAAUUUUUACGAACCACGUCCCGACUGUGUAGGUAUCAGCUAAAAUUGUACAUCGAUGUGUCAUUUCAUUCAUGCCUACAUCAUCGCUGUGGUAGCAAUUAAAAAUUUGUUCAAAAAAUCGUUCGUUUCGUUCGAUUGUACGGAAAAAAAGUGCGCGAAGAAAAUGAAUUCAGGUGUACAAUGGAAAGAUUGUCGGUUGCUGCAAGAGCUUCUUCCUCUAUUUUAUUUCUGCUCGUGGUCGUCGUUUCACUGCACAGAUACGAAAGAGCAUGUACUUAAUUUAAAAUUCGAUUAAGGCAAUGGAAUUAGGGCUGUCUAUAGGUAUAGGUGGACGUAUUCCAUGUGCAUCACUUUAUACUCUUAUCUAUAUCGACUUCGGCAUACCGAGCCAAUCAGAGUAGAAUAAAUCACAUAUACUUACUGAUAAUCCGAAUCUGCUUCGUGCAGGACUUUCUGUAACAUCGAGAAAAGCUGAAUCGCAGUUUAUAAGGAUAUUUCUCAAGUUUCAACGAUUUCGGAACGGUUGGGAAGAUCGUUGCGUCGUACUCGGACGUCGUCUAUUAUCUAUCGCUUGAUACAGGUAUAUUUGUGCGAUACAAACGUUGUACACGUAUAGAAAUACAAGGCGCAUUAUAUUAUGCAGGUCUGGUUGACGUCUGCAACGGACGGUAUUGCCCCGAUCGCUUCGGGCAGUUCCCACAAAGUUCACCGGCUCCUUCGCGCUCCGUCCACUCUCGUUGUGCACACACGUAUUUACGAUUAGAUUGAUGAAUUAAUACACACAUACGUAUCGUAAUGACACGACAUGCGUCUCUGUGUUAUUUUUCGAUAGAUUAAAAAAUUCUGCGCUUUUUCAAAUGCAUUUUCUAUCGGUUCGUUCGAUUCGUUCGAAUGGAUGGAUUUGAAUUUCGAUUCCAUAAUUUUUUCUCAAACGCGAUUAAUUGGAAAGCGUUAUUCUUAUCGUUCUUCGAUCACCGCGUCAUAUAGGUCUAUGUUCAUGCGAUGUGUUUUUAUGGUGAAAAUUUGCACAAUUUUACCAGAUUUGACAAUUCGUCAUCGUUCUUACGGCGGUUGCUCCGCUGCGGUGUCGCGUUCCAAGUCGCGUUUCGUCUCCUAACACGCGUUUCAAGUUUUCCCAUCACCGCGAUUUCCUAACGUCUGUCUUAUACUUAUUUAUACUCGAGAUACACAGGCAGCGGUAGCUUUCUCCUCAACUCGUAUAGAAAAUCCACACAGACGUAGGUAUAAUGUAGGUACACGUAUUACACACACGCGUGCCUGAGAGAUUUAAGGCGCAGAUGUUUAUUAAUUUAUCUAUUUAUUUAUUUAUGAACCUACGUGGACGUUGUACGCCCAUAAUAAUAGAGCUGCAGGACCUGAAUGGGGGAUGUAUAGGUAUAUACAUAACCUGAUAAUCGUUAGGUAUGUCACGAAUAUCCACUUACACCAUGCGGAUGAAAGAGAUUUCCGACGUACGAGAGCGGCGAGAAAUUCCCCCCAUAGAAAAAUGGCGGAGAACCGAAUUUAUGGAUUUUAAAAAAUUGGGAGAACUCGCGGGAAGGGAAACCGAAGACGUCUUCGGAAACGCCGACCCCUUGAUCGUUUCGUAAGAUUUCAUUUGAGGAAUGAGACAGAUAAAGUUAUCAACGAUAACGAAAAGACUUAAUUUAAUUAACGAAUAAAACUCAUCGCUAUGCAGUGAAGUUUCGAGUAUUUCGCUCGUGCAGAUCAACGCCGAGGAUGAGGUGGUUUCGAAUAUUUCUCUCAAUAAUUAUCCGAAUAUUCCGUCGAUCCCUGCUCACGGGUGGUUGGAAUGGAUAUCCCGACAUUACGGGUGAGAAUUCUUCGACGACCUCGUCGUUCCCUGGCUCUGGUUUUUAGUUUUCCUCCAGGUCGAUCGAUUUCAAAGUUUCGAAUACGACCGAAUCGAAAAUUCGAAGCUUUUGGCGAGUGAACGACGGAAUUUUGUCGAGCGGUUCUUUUUCAGGAUGCACGGGAUUACGGAAAGGAAUACUUUAUUCGUGCACAUGCUUUUAUGGGACGUCAGAUACAAGGAUUCCGAAUUUUACAAACGUCUGCUGGACGCAGUUUUCAUAUCGAAUAUCCACGCGACCCACGUUAUCCUGAUAAUGCCGCCAUUGGUUACGCCAGCAAAAUUCAUCGAAGAAAAUAUGACGAGAAUAGUUCCGAACGGUGAAACCGAUACGUACAGAGUGCAAGGGCUCUAUUUGAGUCUCCGUCACGUUCACUGUCCAAGAUUGAAAAUUCGCCGUGUCGUGGAGGAGGACAACGACGACAUUAUUCCGAUUCUGGACCGUGAAUCCGAGCGGUUCAAGGAACUCUACGGAGAAUUUUACAUAAGCGAGAUGAUGCGAUAUCCAGACGGUAUUCGUCAGAUGGUCGUCGCGGAAUCAUCGGACGGUCUGGCGAACGGGGUUUUGUGCCUCAAUAAAAUCGUCGACGUUGAUACUUUGACGCAACACUUCGAACUCGGACCUUAUCACGGACUCGGGAAGAGGCCGCGAGAACAUUCGACAACGGCCGAAACUAAUACCGGAGAUGAAACGAUAUUCGACGGGUCUCUCGUUUAUAAUCCCAACAGCCGAAUCAUAUUCCCCAUGGAGGAGCUCUCGAGGAAAGACCACUUCAAGAUCAAACCUAGUUCGAAUCCCUCGACGUUGCGGUCUGCUGAUUCGCGUACAGAGACGGACGAAGAUCGCUGGUCGAAAAGAGCCGAGUGGAACGAGGACGAGAUCGUUUGGUGUUCCGAGGACAGAGUGGCGGUCGCGUGCAAGGAAUCGUCGAAGGACGCACCCUGUCCGGGCUGCAGUCGCAGAAGAACCAAGAGUUUGGAUUUCGAGAGUACUCCAACCGUGAUCCCGGACAAUACCGAAGCCGAGAAAAUUGACGGAGGUGGAUUCAACGCUGAGAUCGAUCGAGUCGCCGGAGAAGAGAGCGAAGAAAACGAAGCUUCCGAAAUUCCUGUGGAAACGACGAUCGUAGAUUCCGGUAGCGUCGACGACGUUGGACCGUUGGCACCGGACGAGAGCGAGAGGGAUGUGCGUCGGUCUUCCGCACCGCGUUUGUCGGCGAAAAUCCAUGAGAAUGAAUAUUUUCAUUCGGAAGAGACGGAUCGCGUCACUUCCCCGUCAAUCCCGGUGGAAAUAAGUCCCCGGAGGACGCUCCUCGCUGCUGGAACUCGUAGCGAUGCCGAAUGCAACGCGUUCGCCAUGGAAUUAUUCAGCAUGAGAGAUGGAAUCGACGAAAGGUUGUCCUACGAUUACCUCGAAGCCGUCUUCGAGUGUUUCCCCGAUCAGGAUUAUUGCAUUUUUCUCAUCCCUCCGUACUUCCCGACUUUUCCAAUGCUCCAAAACUUCGUGCGAGUUCCACUGCGUUUCGACAAGGAUUACCCCAUGGUAUUGUAUUUGGUACACCGCGCCAGCGUGGUCGGCGAUUUCAGAACGAGGGAAGCAAACGCCUCCGACGUUCCGGCAGCGGCGGAAUUGCUCGCAAAUUUACCGAACCGGGGUACCGAUAUUUUGGGCGACCUCGAAUUUGCCCUGCAAAGUCACACGCCCUAUUCGGCAUUCGUGUUUCUGUGCAACGACACCCUCGUAGGACUCGCUGUGCUAUGCCGCGAAAACGAAAUCGAAUGGAUUCGGAAUCGCUACCGGAUAGACGAUUUUAUAUCUUUCGAAAAAGCUCCCCUGGAUAGCCACGCGCCCACAACGAUCGCCCUCCCCGUUGAUACCAAAAACUAUCACAACCACAUCGUUUCGACUCGUAUACCGCAGACUCGCACGGCACCGAUUUCAACAUUUUUGGCCGAAAUGAUCCCCGUUCCGCCGAGGAGACAGCUGAAAAUACACCGUUCCGACGAUCGAGCGAACGAUCGAGCUCCCGAAAAAACUCCCACCGAUAAUUUUGCACUUUACAUGAUGGUGCCGAAGGUUGCGAGCGUUUCGAAAAUCGACGUCAACGUCAGAAUCGUCGUUGUCGGUGCUUCGGAUUGCGGCUUGGCGGUUAUAGAAAGCCUGGCUUUCGGUUUUCUGGGCUCGUUUUACAUACCGCGUUUCAUUUCUGAUUUCAACUCAAUUAGUCCGAACGCGUCCUCGAUCGGCUUCACGAACUUGACUCUGGUAUCCCAAAAUGGAAUUCCGUUCGAAAAUCGCCCCGACGAUUUGGAACAGGACGAACUUCCGUUCGGUGGACGUUAUUCAAAGGAUUACCGUCACCUCAUCGGAUCCAGAUCGUGGAUCAACGUCGUCCAUGGGACGCUAACCGCUAUUCGCAGGAAAGACAAAUACGUGAGCGUGUCGAGCAUGGGAAGAAUUUCAUACGAUUAUUUGGUCCUGACUUGCGGAGUUCAGUAUCAAAGGCCACAAUUCAUCGACGAAUUGAGAGCUGGGAGAAGAGGGGAACACAAGGAUUACCCGAACCCUGAGAACUGUUUGACGGUGAACAGCGAACGAGAUAUGGCCAAUUGUUUGGAGUACUGCAAACGAGUGGUGGCAGCGAAUCCCUCCAGUCAGUUCGAGUUCGUCUUCUACUUCGAAAAAUUCAUCGUUCGCGUAUCCGAUGAAAUUUAA